AUGUCCAGAAAUGGGCCUAUAUCAUGGUCUAUUUGGCUGUUCAAGAUCAUGGGGUAUUCCAAGGGAAGCCCGUUGUUAAUGUCCGGGCCCGACCUGUUCACUCCAGUUUCCCCCAAAAUCAUGGACCUUCAAUUUCCGCUAACAUCCAAUCCCCUUCCUCUCUUCUUCGCCGGCUAUUUGCUCCUCUACCUCAUCACCUAUUCAAUCCUCUUCCGCACCUGGGCCUCCAAGCUCCGCCCUGAAGCUUCAAGCUGCGCUAUCUCCCUAGCUCACGGCACCCCCGCAGUAUUCCUCGCCGCCUGCGCUAUUCUCUCCGACCCGGCCCCGGAUUUCCACUCCUCCAACACGCCGCUGCAAAGUCUCGUAUUGGAUUACAGCAUUGCCUAUUUCCUCAUGGAUCUCGUCCACUAUCUCAUCUUCUACCCCACCGACGUCCUCUUCAUCGGCCACCAUCUCGCCACGCUCUUCGUCUUCGUCACCUGCCGUUACCUCGUCUACCACGGGGCCGUCGCUAUUCUCGUGCUCCUGGUGCUGGCGGAGGUCACCCGCUUCUGCCAGAACGUGUGGGCUUCCAAAUUGACGAGGGGGGCAAAGUAG